GCGGCUGAAGAGGCAAAUACUCUCAGCUUUGGAAAUCAUUUUGCCGCCUUUGCUCUCCCUCCUCGUCCGCCCACACCAAACCCACUCCAAAGCCCUGUUCUUUUCACGCCAUUUUAAGUCAUCAUCUAAUCUUUGUUUUUUCUAUGGCGCCACCUAUCCUCUAAUCUCUGUUAGAUUUACCAACGUUUUGAACUUUUCACCACCAUCCAGUCUUUGAUUCCACAAUCUCUGUAAUAUACCUUUCGUUUUGACCACUUGUCUUCCUCCUCGGAUCUCGCGAUUCACUUUCCAUUACUUGUCCUAAUCAGCAGUAACAGAGUAGACUUUGUCGUCGUCUCGUCUCCCUUCUUUUCACUCUUACUUCUGCUAGCUAAAUUCUUGCUUCAUUCCCCUCCUUUAAUUCCCAUUUGCACAUUCUUCACUUCUCACCUACCCAGAUUCCAAAAAAAAAAAAUAAAUAAAUAAAUAAGAUUUUGAUCGGUACAACUUUAAUUGUUGAGUUAGCUUGAGUGUAGUGGAAAUGUUUCCUCUGCAAGGCUAUUGGGUAAAUCAAAGUCAGAACGAACUGAUUCAGGAAUCCGGCGAUGAUUCCAUCAAGAGCUCGGAGUCAAAAUCGGAGAAGAAAUCGAAGGAAGCGUGUAAGAGUCACAAGGAAGCAGAGAGGAGACGCCGGCAGCGUAUCAACGGUCACCUCGCCACCCUCCGCUCUCUCCUCCCCAACACCACCAAGACGGAUAAGGCGUCAUUGCUAGCAGAGGUGGUCCGUCACGUGAAGGAACUGAGGAGACAAGUUGCUGCCAUAGCGGAAAAGGAAGGUGGUGGUUGCUGCAACGGCAACGCCGUGUCGUGGCCGUUUCCGGGAGAGUGCGACGAGGUGAGUCUGAGUUUCUGCAAUGACGAAACUAGGCUGGUCAAAGCGACGAUGUGCUGCGAGGACAGGCCAGGCCUCAAUCGGGACUUGACCAGGGCGAUCGAGAUGGUUCAAGCAAAGGCAGUGCGCGCCGAGAUGAUGACGGUUGGUGGCCGGUCUAAGAGCGUAGUACUGAUGGAAUGGGCCAGAGGCGGCGAGGGUGAUGAGGAAGAGAUGAGGGCCUUGAGCUUGAAGCGGGCUUUGAGAAAUGUGGUGCAGAACCGGGUCACUGAUUCUGGGCUGGGUUACAAGCAUAGGACUAAACGGGCUCGUGUAGAUGGAUCGCGUAAAGAGGGUGAUUUCUAGGUGGUUCUAACAAGAAGACAAUAGAUUAACUUUCUUGAAAAAACCACACCAAUGUAGGCAUAGUUUGAGAGCAAAUUAGUCUCAAAAUGCAUAAAGUCAAAUAUGCUUGUUGUUCAAAUAAUAAAACAUUGUUAUGAAGAAAAUAAUUAGGUAGCUUCCUGUAAUUGCAGAAAAAUUUUCUAGUCUUCUUCGAAUCUUAUCUUCCAAGUAGGUUGAAUUG